GUCGUUCCAUCGCGCUGGAUCUGAUCUGUCAAUAGGUCUUUCGAAAUCGUUUCACCAUGUCGCAAAUCAACGAAAAUAUAGCAGAAACGCCCGUGAACAAAUCGGCAUCGUCAACCUACUUCAUCAUGACAGACGGUAUCAACGACAUCCCAUGCCCUGAAACCUUGCUGCAGAUUGCUGAAACCAAUCAAGUGCAAACACCUUGGCAAGAACUGAAAGAAACAUUAAAAGACACUAUUUUAAAGCAAUGCGCUGUGAUCGAAGCCCAAGUCACCGAUACCGAGAUUAUCAGCAGCAUUGAUACAGUCAAAACCAGUAUCAUUCACACCAUUGAUCAUCAUUCAGGACCUCCUUUUACCAUACAACGAGUGUGUGAACUGGUGACUCGACCUACACAGCAUUAUAAAGUUUUUCAAAAGUAUCUUUAUGCCAUUGAAAAGGUGCUCCUUGUUCAAUCAAACUGGGAACUAUUUAGUGAGACAGACGAAGCACGUUUUGCACUCGACAACAGCGAUAACUAUGGUUUUGGUGAUCAAAAUUUUGCCGGCGGUCAAGAUCUAGAGCCUAUUCCAUUCGAGAGUGACGAUUCCGAGCCAAAGGAUGAUGAGGAUGAUGAAAACGAGAAUAUCAGUGAUAAGGAGGAUGAACAUGAUACGAAGGAAACGAGCCUGGAAGCGGAGCAGACUGAAGUGGAUCAGGUUAUGGACGAUGGCGAUGCAGAACAGAAAUCACCCGAACAAACCUCCACUGAUGAUAACGAAGCGAAAGAUGAUACAUCUGUGUCCAAAGACGAAGCGGGGAAGGAUGAUACGAAAACCAAUACAGAUGAUGCAACGGAAAGUGCCGAAACACCAACAGACAAGGAUGAACAAAAAGGCACAGAAGCAGCAUCUUCAAAUACACCGCAUCAUACUACAAUAGAAGGAGAGCAUAAUAUAGAACCAUCAAACAAAAUGGAUGUAGAUGAAUCUUGAUACAUACACACAUCGAUUUGAAUUGAUCAGCUUAGUUAAAAUAGGGCAAUUAUGCAUAACCGCACGGGA